AUUUUUUUUCAUGGCUAUCCAAAUCAGCCAUAAGAGAGGAAAAUAUAAAACGAAUCAAAUAUGGAAAAUCCAUUAGCGCGGUUCGAUGAGCACUUGUCUUAAACUUCCAAAUUUCUCAGCACCGGUGAAGAAGGAGGAGUUUGAUUUGCAUGAAUGAACUCAGGUGCCUGCUAUUUUGUGAAAUGAUAUUGGCAAGAAAGUUACCUUUUGAAGUUGGGCAACUGGUAGAAUCCCGUUGCUUUCUCAUUGGUUAUCGGGGUGCUUGGUUCCGAUGUAAGAUAAAGGACAUUGGCUGGAGAAUGGGGAGUCUGUCAUAUGAAUUGGAGUUUGUGGACUUUCCUGACGAAGAAUUAAAAUGGACAAAGCCAUUUCAAAAACCACCUGCAGCCUUUGGUAUCCCAUCAACUGGGCCAAAAGGGCAGUUGAUGGUGCGUCCUCAGUUUCCACAAGUUUAUCGUGAAAAACAAUUAUCUGAUGUUUGUACCAAUUCUCAGCUAGAGGUGACUGUUGUUGUGAAUGAUGUCUGGAAGGUUGGGGAUUUAGUUGAUUGGUGGAAGGAUAAUUGUUAUUGGUCUGGCAAAAUAAUUGCCAUAUUGGGUGAUGAGGAGGUCAAGGUAGAGCUGCUCCCGCCACCAUUUGGUGAAGGAUUGGCUUAUCGUGCCUCCUCCAAGGAUUUGCGGCCAUCCUUAGACUGGUCUCCUGAAUCUGGUUGGAUGGUCCCUAAUAUGAAGAUGAAUGGAAGUACUCAAUGUGCUCGGGUGAUCAACAAUGGAAGUGUAGAUUUGGGAGCCCAGAACGUGAGUGUGGGAUAUGAAAGUGAGCCUCCAGCUGGAAAAUCAAGUCCGUCAUUAGCAUUACAGACUAGUCCAAUGCAGCCGUCAAGAGGGUUGAAGCGAUCGCUCAGCAACAAGGCAUCAAAUGAGAAACACGAACACACUGAGUCAAACCGUGUAAAUUGUACGUUGGAGAAUGACUCGAGUUUUCCAGCUGUAAAGCUAGAUGCAGCAACUGAAGUUGGAGGAACAAGAAGUGAUGUGGUUGGAUGUAAUGAUGGUCAGUUUGUAGAGACAACGGUGCCCGAUGUCAGUUUGAAUUCGACGAGCCAUGGUUCAUUAGAAGAUGCUAUUUUGGACUUGGAAGAGCUGAUAAACAGGAUUAAAUGGAUCAAACAAAUUUUAGAUGGUGGAAUGGGUUUGCCAAAUGAUUCAGAAUCUUCAUGGGAAUUUGUGGAACACCGAUCCUCAUCUACACCAAAAUGAAGGCAUAUCCCAAAGCCGGUAUUUUUUAUUUUAUUACAUCAGCACUCCGUUGAUUGAAUGGUUUAAAAAGCUUAGGCUUUAACUCGGAAUUGCAACAUUAUCUUUAGUAUAUGGUGGAAUUUUUAUUUGUUUAUUUUUAUUAAUAUUUAAAUUGAACCAAAUUUAACUCA